AUGUUGACAAUAUCUGAACAACAACAAGAAUCUAACAUAACAAAAAACCAUACAGUAACAAUCGUGAACGAUAAUCAUAUCGUUUCUCAUUAUCAUGGUGAAUUACGGUAUGAAUUAAAACUUGGUCGUAAUUUAUAUGUAAAAUUUCCUGAUAUUGAUGAAUACACUCAUUAUAUGGUAAAAGUUAUCUAUUUUAAUGAAAAGCUUGACUAUGUUCUUAUGCAAACAGAAUCGAUAUUACCACAGCCAAGAACGACAUUACCUCACGAUGGUGAUCAUAUUUUAUUACUUGCUUAUUCAUAUACUGAAAUCUCUAGAACGUUGUGUAUAACUAGUGGUAUUAUUUCUUCAACAAAGCAAGAUAAAUAUGGUCAUAUAAGAUCUGAUUGUGAUGCGAACAAAGGAGAUAGUGGUGGCGGCUGUUUUACAGCUUAUGGAGAAUUAUGUGGUAUAGCUAUUGGAACAGAUGCUAUUCAACCAACAGCACCCAUUUUAGACUUGACUACAAGAUAUCGUUCACGAGCUCAUAUCAUUUCAACAGAAGUUAUAAUGGCUCAACUAGCUUCAAUGGGAUUAACCAAAGGACAAGAACCUUCAUAUAUUUAG